UUGGAAAAUUUGCAGCCUGAGAUUAAAAAACUAGCUGAGCGUCUUCGCUAUGAAGUUUCUGUUCGUGGAAAGCAAGUGGGUUGGUCCGAAAAAGUGGCCAGGUUCCAUUUUAAGAAGAACCUGCGGAGGAUUAUUACGGAACUGUACGUUCGAGACAACUGCCAUCCCUUCAAAGCCACUUUAGUGGCGUGGGUACAGCUUCCGAUGUGGGUUUGCGUGUCCCUUGCUUUGCGCAACUGCAGCGUCGGUGCCGCGGGCCCGGAAGUUCAAGAGCAGUUUUCAGCAGGCGGAGCGUUGUGGUUUACGGACCUCACUGCACCAGAUUCUACGUGGAUUUUGCCAGUUUCGCUCGGGCUCGUGAAUCUGCUGAUAGUGGAGAUCUUUGCUUCGCCAAAAAUGAAAGUUUCCAGAUUGCAGAAGUUUGUGACGAAUUUCUUUCGAGUGGUGUCAGUAGUAAUGAUCCCUGUUGCCGCAACGGUCCCCUCUUCCAUGGCGUUGUACUGGCUGUCCUCGAGCUGCGUGGGACUCUCGCACAACCUGCUGCUGCGCUCUCCGACCUUUCGUCGCCUGUGUCGCAUACCAAGGACCAGCUCCGACUCGGCUACUCCUUACAGGGAUAUUGUGUCUGCGCUGACUGCCAAAUACAGUUUUAAGAAAUGA